ACACCGGCUAUGCCGGUCACCUCACCUUCAUCUUUUUCUUCUCCACUGUGCAGCAGCAGGAACGAGAUUUGAGGACCUUCUACACAUCCGGGCUGGUCUACACGGUUGCUCUCUCUCCUUUCUUCACGCUGUGCUGUUAAACCCUUUCGUCUUGCUCUCAGGUUUGAGGGAUUGUAUUGGGGAAACUAACUCGUAUGGGCGCUUCUUCUGGUGCGAAUUUUGAUCAGAAAGGUUCCCCCAAAAUGCUGCCUCCUCGCCAGCAACCUAGGUCUUUAGGGCUGCAAACGUCGUUGUCGCUAGCUUCCUCAGAUGCCUUUGGAUCCCAUGACAUGCAAGAGCAGCUGUCAAACUCUGACCAAGCUCAUGACUCUCCUUCUGAUAGCACGAGCUCUAGGGAAACCUGGCCGGUUGAGACCAUUCGCUCUGGUGCUGUUAAUGUAAAGUCAGCUUUUAAGGAGAAGGAAGGAGAGAGUGAGUUCCCUGAGCCACAGGUGAUACGUCGGGUUUCGAUUGCUGAUAGGCUGUCUCUCCGUGAAGUUGCGAGAGAGAGCGUUGAGGUUAUUGCUGACAGAAUGACUGUUAUGCCUAGUGAGCUCUUGGAAGAGCUUAAGGCUGAGUUGCGAGCAAUACUUGAAGGAACAGGAGGACCUCAUAGUAGGGAGGAGUUCUCGAGACUUCAACAGUUUCUGCAGAGUAGAGUGGACCUGACUGCUAAAACUCUUGUCAGGGCUCAUAGAGUGCAGCUGGAGAUUUUGGUUGCAAUCAACACAGGAAUUCUUGCUUUUCUGCACCCAAAUGUUACCCUUCCGCAGGGUCGCCUUGUUGAGAUUUUCUUGUACAAGAGGUGCAGGAACAUUGCUUGCCAGAGUCCUAUUCCUGCUGAUGAUUGCACCUGUGAGAUUUGCACUCACAGAAAUGGCUUCUGCAACCUCUGCAUGUGUGUGGUUUGCAAUACCUUCGAUUUUGAGGUUAACACCUACCGCUGGAUAGGUUGCGAUUUCUGUGCACACUGGACACAUGCUGAUUGUGCUAUGCGUACUGGUCAGAUUGGAAUGGGAGCAUCUGCUAAGAGUGGCAAUGGGCAUGGUGAGAUGCUUUUCAGGUGCCUAGCCUGCAACAGGACAUCUGAGUUGUUAGGUUGGGUAAAAGAUGUAUUUCAACACUGUGCUCCUGGAUGGGAUCGCGAGGCAUUAUUACGAGAACUCGAAUUUGUCAGCGGGAUUUUUCAUCUCAGCGAGGAUCCAAGGGGAAGGAAAUUGUAUAGGAAGUGUGUUGAAGUUGUAGAAAAGAUGAAGAGUGGUGCUUCAGAGUCAACAGCAUGCAGGAUGUUACUGCUGUUGUUUCAAGAGCUUGAGAUAGAAUCCCCAAAGAGCCAUGAAAAUGAGGACCCAAGUCGUUCCAUAUCUCCGAAGGAAGCCUGCAACCGCAUAGCUGAUGUGGUCCAGGAAGCCGUGAAGAAGAUGGAGAUGGUUGCCGAGGAGAAGCUUCUCUUGCUUAAAAGAGCUCGCCUUGCCGUCGAGGCUUGUGACCGCGAGCUUGAGGAUAAAGCCAGGGAAGUUGCAGAGCUCAAAAUGGAUAGGCAGAGAAAGAAGCAGCAGGUGGAUGAGCUUGAAAGCAUUGUGAGGCUCAAGCAAGCUGAGGCUGACAUGUUCCAGCUCAAAGCUACUGAGGCCAGGCAGGAAGCCGAGAGGCUGCGGAGCAUCGCUCUUGCGAAGUCCGAGAUGGCCGAACAAGACUAUGCUACUAUGUAUCUAAAACGGCGAUUGGACGAAGCUGAAGCUGAGAAGCAGUAUCUGUUUGAAAAGAUAAAGCUUCAGGAGAGCCAGCGACCUGCACAUGGUAGCGGCGGCCCAAGCGUCGGCGGCGGCGAUCCCGCCCAGAUGCUGAACAAAAUCCAGGACUUGCUGAAGAAUGUGUACAAUGUUUCACCCAAGACAGAUGCAAAAACCAAGUGAGUGCUCUGCGCACUAAAAGAAGUUUAGGAUGUUUAUUCAAAAUGAUAGAGUAGCAAUCAAAGCUAUGGAUCCCUAAUCAUUUGGGCAGGGACUGUGUUCUUAUUGUUCUUAUGGCUUCAGUUAAACAGCAUGGUUGUGGUAGCUUUCAUUUGUGGCUUUUGGAACCACACUUAUUGUUUUUUAAGAGCUUCAUACUUCUUAGUUGAAUGAGAUUCUUGCAUUUCAUCGUGUUAUUUAGGGGUUUUGAUCGCAUUCAAAUUGAGUCCACACAAUGAGGACGAUCAAACUAGGAAGUUUGAAAAUAAUAAGUGUAACAACUCAUACUCUUAACUAUCGAGAUAUUGUUUGCUUUGGCUUAA